AUGGACAAGCGAUUGUCGAUGGACCCGACGAUGCUCCAGCAGAUGAAGAGCAUGCUCGGCCCGGGCGGUCGCGGUGGUCCCGCCCCACGAGGAGGCCGAGGAGGAAGCACGCAACCACAUCAGCCCUCGGGUCUGGGCUCGAGUCAUUCUGCAAUCGGCCCCGGCGGUCCGCCUGGCCGCGGUCGCGGUGGAAUCAGAGUCAACCAAGUGAACGCGUUGGUGGACCCUCCCGCGGGCGACGCGCCGCCCCCUUCGCUCCCGCCGCGCACCGACGAUGCCGAACUGCCGCCACCCCCGACCCACGCCCCUCCUCCCCACCCUAUGGCGGGCCGAGGGAGAGGCCGGGCCUCACCUCUGACCGUCUCCGCGCCCCAGGGCCGUGACCACUCCCUGUCCUCGCCCGAGCCGCCCGCCUUUGGCCGCGCCGGCGGCGGUGGUGGUGGCGGGCGUGGGAGGGGUGGUAUGGCGGCUUCGCUGUCGUCGCCGUCGCUGCCGGUGCAGCACCUGCCGCCGCCUCCGGCCUUUCCUCCGCCGCCGAGCGUGCCGCCUCCGGAUUUCCCCCCGCCUCCCUCGAUUCCCGCGCGCGACGCCGUCGAUCAGCUGCUGCCGCUCCCCGCGCCCGACCUCCCGCCCCCGCCUCCUCCGCCCAUCGGCGGCGGAUCAGUCAUCAUGCCCAGCGGGCGCAUUCGACCGGUGCCUCCGGGGAGCCCGGGAGGGCGACCGGUGUCGAUGGCACCCGGCGCCGUACCGCCCAUGCCUCCAAAUAUGCCCCCCAACCUCCCACCCAUCGGCGCUGCUGGUGGCCCGUCGUCUCCGGGUGGCAUGCGUCCGAUGUCCACGUUCUCCCCUCAGCCACCGCGUGUCUCGCCCAGCCCAGAGCCCCGAUCGCCGUCGUUUGCCGCGGCGCAGGCCGCUCUGUCGUCGCUCAACUUCGGACCCAACGGUGCGCCGAGCCCCAACAGCGGCGGCGACGCUCCGCCGACCUCGCCGCCGUCGCCCGGUCCGGAUGAGGAGGCCAAGAACGCCAAGGUCAAGAAUCGCCUCAGCGUGCGCAUGGGCAAGUUCAAGGAGAUCGUCAAGAAGAAGGACCCCAAGCGGGCCGACUCCCCCGACAUCGGAACCGACGAGCUCCCGCUGCCCGAGCGCGAGCCCAGUGACAACUUUGACGACAAGAAGAAGUCGCUGGAGAACCAGCUCAUGCGCAAACCCAGUAAGCCGGAGGACCCGGACGACCUGCGCAAGAAACUGACCGACAGCGGACGUGCGCUGAGCGAGGAGGAGAGCGGCGAGAAGAAGCUGCCCGACAGAGGCCUCACCGGAUUGAAGGCGCGGUUCAGCAUGAAGCGCAAGGGCUCCAUGUCCGACGUUACCGCCGAUGGGGUCAGCUCCGAGGAUGACACCGCCGAAGAGGCCGCCGCACCAUUCACACCUCCCAUGCCCAGACCGUUCACGAUGCACGGAAUUCCGAUGGGCGGCGUGGCGCUGCCCAUUCUGGCGUCGCCCUCGGCCUCGGUCGCCAGCUUCGAUGAGUUGCCGGCCCCGCCCGAGGAGAUGUUGCCCCCGCCCCCGCCCAAGAAGCCCGAAACCCCGUUCGAGCGAAGAACAAAGAUCUCCAACGAGAUCAUCGAGACGGAGCGCAGUUACAUCAGUUCGCUGAAGCGGCUGAUCCAGGUCUACCACCAGCCGCUGCUGGAGCUGUGUGCGGCCCAGGCGGUGGAGAAUCCCAACACCAAGCUGACCACCGAGGGCAUCAACAAGAUCUUCAGCACCCUGCCCUCCAUCCUGCCGCUCAACGAGGAGCUGCUCAACCGUCUCGAGGUGUGCAUCAGCAACUGGCGAGAGGAACAGACCAUCGGCGACGUGUUCCUCACUAUCGCGCCUUUCCUGAAGAUGUACGCCGACUACGAGAACCGCUAUGAGACAGCCCUCUCCAUCUACACCAAUUUCAUGAAGGACCAGGCCUUUGGCAACAAAGUCAGGGAGUUGGACGAGCUUGUCGACAUACGCGUGGAGGCCUGCUUGAUCAUGCCCAUCCAGCGUAUCCCCCGAUACAAGCUGCUGCUCGAGGACAUGGUCAGACACACCCCGCAGGAGCACCCCGACCACAACCUCCUCAAGCAGGCUCUCGCCAAGGUUGAUGACGUGGCCGUCAAGAUUGAUAAGGGCCUGCACGAGUACGAGAAGCAGCAGCGACUGCUCGAGAUCUCGACCCAGUCCACCUUCCAAGGACUGUUGGCCGCGCACAGAAGGCUUUUGCGUGAGGGCGAGGUGGCCACGGCGGCGGUGGGCGGCGGCAAGCUGCAGCUGCUCAUCUUCAACGACAUCCUGGUUCCCUUCCCCAAGUCCAAGCUGUCCAAGCUCGGCGCGAGCAAGAAGGCCAUCGCCGACUCCAAGGAGUUCCAGUGGCCGCUCGAACUGGUCUGGCUCAAGGAUGAUCCCUCCCUCGACAAGAAGAAUCAGUACUUCUUCGACAUCAUGGGUCCCUCGAAGGUGUACAACAUAAAGGUCAACACCGCUGAAGAGAAGGCCCAGUGGCUCCGGGAGCUGCGAAACGCCAUGGAAGGCGCCAAGAACAUCCAACAGCACCCCAUCAACAAGGAACUGGGCGACCGUCGUUGGGGCGUCUUCCAAUUCCGUAACUCGGUGUACUAUGAGGGCGACUGGCGAAGCGGCAUGCUCGAUGGCAAGGGUAUCAUGAAGGUGCACGGGUCGACCUACGAAGGCGAGUUCGGCGAAGACAAGAAGAGCGGCUACGGCAAGAUGGUCUUCUCCACGGGCGAGAUCUACGAAGGCGACUGGAGGGACGAUGUGCAAAACGGAGCUGGUACGAUGCUCUAUCCCUCGGGCGCCAAGUACGCCGGUGGCUGGAAGGAUGGCAAGCGGCACGCCAAGGGCGACAUGACCUUCGCCAACGGCGACGUCUACAAGGGCAACUGGGCCGAGAACAGCCCUAACGGCCAGGGCCAGUUCAUCGGCGUCACCGGUGUACAGUACGCCGGAGGGUGGAAGGACGGCAAGUUCCACGGCAAGGGCCACCUGACGCUGCCGGCGGGCAAGACCUAUUCGGGCGAGUGGGUGAGCGGCAAGCGCGAUGGCAUCGGAGUGUACAAGCAGUACCUGAAGCACGACCCGUCGUUCAUGAUCGAGGAGUACCAGGGGCAGUACCUCAACGACCAGAAGCACGGCCUCGGCACCCUCACCAACGCCGACGGAGUGUUCGAGGGCGACUUUGUCAACGACAAGCGGGAGGGCACCGUACGACAGUGGAAGAAGGGCGUGCGGGAGGGCAUGGGCACCUACACCGCCAAGACCGGCUACCUCAUCAAGUACGAGGGCGAGUGGAAGAACGACAGGCGAAAUGGCAAGGGCAAGGCCGCCUACUCCGACAACUCCACCUACGACGGCCAGUUCCGCAAGGACGUCCCGUUCGCUUCUCAGCUGCAUGGCGCCGGCGUGUGGGUGAAUGGACUGUCGGGCGAGAAGUUCGAGGGCAAGUGGCGAGACGGUCUGAGGGAGGGCCAGGCCAACAUCUACUUCAAGGACGACAAGGAGAAGGAGCGAGACGCGGCCACGGCGGCGCUGACGUCCUCGGGCACCGAGUCGGCCCUCUACACCGGCGUUGGCGCCCCGGAGCCCAACAGCGGGUCGGGUAUCGCCGGCCAGCCCGGUGGUCUCGCCGCGCCGGUGGUCAAGCGACAGCCCUCGCUCUCGGGCCAGGCCAAGGACCCACUCCUCAGCAAUCGCAAGCUGGCCUUCAUCACCGCCGCACCUCCGCCCAACAUCCACGUUGAGAUGUUGAUGGAGUGA